UCUUAGCAUAUUUAGUAAAGAUCUGGUGGGGCACCAGUCACAAGAAGUUGGCUUGGGCGAAUAUUGCCUGGAGUGGUUACCAAGGGAGGAGUUUCAGAGCGCGGUGACCAAUCACAGUGCUGGACCCCAUGAUCAUGGAUGGAGAUUCAGCCAACCAGCACAUUGUUGGCAAUGGCAAAAUGGAGCCGUCUGUUACGAUAACUGCCUCUCCGACCUCUGUGAGUGUGGCCAAUGUCAUUACUGGCUCACAGGAUCCAAUGGUAUCCGGACAAAUGACGUUAAAAGCUGCGUCUAACGUGAAACCACAGAGCGCGUCCGAUCAGCUCCUGCUUGCGAUGCACAGCGCCACCGGUGGGCAAGCUGUGCGGAGUGGCAUGGUGAUCAGCCCGACCAAACAGGCAUUCCCAUCCGGACUUAAGGGUCUUGGGACGACCAUCCCUGCAUCGUUGGGCAACUCAGCAGCGACUCAACAACUCUUACUAUCACCGCCCAUACAGGCGUUGCAAUCACAACAACCCGUCUUGACCAAUCAGCUUUCCGGAGCCCAACAGAUCUUUACUAUCCCGUCCAACAACGCAACGGGACAACAACAGGUCUUAACGCUGCCGAUCACCAACGCGGCGGGCCAGCAACAAAUCCUAACAAUCCCUGUCAGUCUCGCGCAGAGCUCCGGCGGUAUCCAGUUCCUCAUCCCAACGACGGGCGGUCAACUCCUGGCGGCCAACAUCGGUGGGGUCAUGCCCACGAUGGCAAACUCCACCGGGGCCAAUUCCACUGGCUGUACAUCGGCACUUUCGGGUCUAACUACUUCAGUAUCAGCACUGAACAAGCAGUACACAACAAGUUCACCAUCGUCAACAGCAGCGACUACGCCCCUCCCGUCCAUGUCCGUUCUGGCAAGCCAGACGGGGCUGGGCCAGUUACCGUUGCCCCAGAUGUUAAUGAACGCAACGGGGCAGGUCUUAUCGGUUACGCCUCCUAGCGGCGGCUACACAUCAACUUCCACUCAAGGUCUCAAUUCCUCAGCCAGAGCCCUAGCUGCAGCCGGCCUGGCAACGAUGGUCAGUACCCCACCCCAACCCCAAGUAGGUCAUCUCGGUCAAACCACCACCUCACAAGCCCUGACCACCACACAACGGGUACCCACUGCAGCCACAAUGACCACCACGGGGGAUCACGUAGCCGUGGCCGGACUGACCACUCAGCAGAUUGCGGCCCACGGCCUCACCGGCCAGCUCACAUCCACCGGCCAACUCAUCACCAGCCACGGUAUUCCUAAACAACUCAUCACAACGCAAAGUCCUGUCAUUGCCAGUCAGGCAGUCAACCAAACGGGCGUGGCACAGCUCAUCGGCGGCCAGGUCGUCACUCAAGCUGUCGUCGGGGGAACGUUGGUCACCACUCAAGCUAACAAUCAGGUGACGGCACAGGUUAAGGAGGAAGGAUCACCCACAAAUAACACAGCGACGGUGGCGGGUAGCUCAUCAGGUAAAGUUAGCAGUCUGGGCAACACGACGGAGGUGGACGGCAUCAACCUAGAGGAGAUCAAGGAGUUUGCCAAAGCCUUCAAGAUCCGGAGGUUAUCUCUAGGGCUGACCCAGACGCAGGUCGGGCAGGCUCUCAGUGCGACGGAGGGACCGGCGUACAGCCAGUCAGCAAUUUGCAGGUUUGAAAAGUUGGACAUCACACCGAAGAGCGCCCAGAAGAUCAAGCCAGUCCUUGAGCGCUGGAUGCAGGAGGCAGAGGAGAGACACAAAAACGGACUGAGUCAACUCUCUGAUUACAUCGGCAGCAGUGAGCCAUCCAAGAAGCGUAAACGACGGACCUCCUUCACCCCGCAGGCCCUGGAGUACCUCGGCACCCAGUUUGACAAGAACACCCACCCUUCCGGCGCCGAGAUGACCGCCAUGUCUGCCGAGAUCAACUACGAACGUGAGGUGAUCCGGGUGUGGUUCUGCAACAAGAGGCAAGCCUUGAAGAACACCAUCAAGAAGCUGAAAGCAGUUAACGACGCCAACAGCCCGGAGAACCCCCCCUCGAAUGAACCCAUCAUCAAGACGGAAGUCACGUACACCUAAAAGGAAAGCCACUCGCUCCGCCCUCUUUAACAAGGCAGGGGAAGCAUCUCCGAGAGUUGAGGUAGGACUUGAGUAUUACAUCUCUCUUGCAGGGUUUGAGGUACAUGUACCUUAAGAGAGUGAGGUACUGUUGUAAUUGAUGACGUCGCAUACCCCUGUUUAGAGGGGGACCCCUUAUCUUCUCACUUCCAUCUGCAUCUGGAAGGGUGUGGGAAAUCAUCUGAAUCAUCCAAUGGUACAACCGUAUUUUAUGACCCGAGCCGUAGCGUUGCUUUCUUCAACUUCCCUUCAGAGAGGCCUGAUGGACAGGAUACAGAGGUAUGAUUGUAAUUUAUUGUGUGGUAUGCCUAGCGGAAACCUCACACCCCACCCAACAUUACCCUCUAAUGGGGCGUAGUGAGGUUUUAGGGGUACUAUUGUAAAUUCUGAAGUUAGGUAGACCUCUGUCUCUCACCCACCCCCAUCUGGUUGGAUUUGUUGAAAAUAUCUGAAUCUACAGAGACUGUAAUUUAUUGAGUCGUGAGGAUCCUGGUUUACCCACUGCCCACCGGAGCGGUGUGACGGGUACCGAACUACGAGCGCAUUGUGAGGUAAAUUUGCACCAAGGGUCUGGAAAGGUGAGGUGCUACCGAGACACCACUGUAAAAUAUGAAGUCAUGUACAAUACGCCAAAUGUAAACCGCCCUCUCUUGUCCCUGCAAUUAUGAGAGGGUUGAAAAAAUUUUUCCAGAGGACCUCAACGUUACCUUCUCGUUUUUCAUUGAAAUCCAGAUUUGCUCCUCGAUGAGUGAAUAAAUUAAACACCUUCUAUAAAGGUAUCACACUUGUAGGCCAAGUUCUCUAAGAGACCUGGGCCCAAUUUCAUAGAAGUGGUUAAGCAGAAAAUAUUGCUUAACAUUUGUUUGAUUAGCGGAAA